GGAGGAGAGCGGGUUUCCAGGAGACAAAGCUGAGAUGAGAAGUGUUUAUAAAAUUAUGGAUGUCUCCAUUUUGAAGCUCUGUUGGUGAUGGCUGGAGGAGGAGGCUUGCCUGCCUACUCCUUCUUUUCCAGGGUGGAAUCUUGUGGUGGUUCCUCACCAUCUAUUCAUUAUGCGAGGAAAUGAGGGACUUGUAAGGGCUGCUCAGAUUUUUCUCCCACCAAAGGAGUGCUUUCACAAGUUAUUGAGGCGUUUGUUUCCAUUUUAAAGUAAACUUUGGAAAUUUUUUUUCUUCUUUGGAGUGGACCUGAAGGGUUUUGACCUCCUUCAGGAAAGGCAAGGCAAAACCUUAGACAUUUUCCACCGAGGUCUUCCCACAACUUUCAGCUGCUCCAGGUCUCCUGAAAGUCACCAGGAAAUGUUAUUUCCUCAUUGUGAAGAUGGUGGUGGCCCUCAGCUGAGAUUUUGGAGUUCUGGGGCUUGGUUAUCAUCAUGUUUUGAUGCAUUGCAAGACUUUAUUGUCUGGCUCGGGCUGAUGUCUGCAAAAAGGGAAAACAACAGCAACAACAACAACAACAACAAAUCCUGCAAGAUCUCAGAGGAACUAACUCUAGGACUGACUGACACCAGUUUCUCCAGAGUCCACAUUUCUCUUCAGGUUCCUAAUGUGAGAAGGUAGGCCCAGAUCAUGGAGGUGCUUCAGUGCGAUGGCUGUGACUUCAGAGUCCCGUCUUAUGAAGAUCUCAAGGCGCACAUUCAGGAUGUCCACACGGCAUUUCUGCAGCCAACUGAUGUUGCUGAAGACAAUGCUAACGAGCCACGAUCCGGGUCCAUGAAUGCCAGUAAUCAGACAGAGGUGGAGUAUUCCUCUAUAAAGGACGAAUUUGCGAUCGCAGAGGAUUUAUCAGGUCAAAAUGCAACCGCAUUGGGGACCGGAAGCUACUAUGGCCACAGUCCAGGAUAUUACGGUCAGCAUAUUGCCCCUAAUCCCAAACCAACAAACAAGUUUUUUCAAUGCAAGUUCUGCGUCCGCUACUUCAGGUCAAAAAACCUCCUCAUCGAACACACAAGGAAGGUCCACGGAGCUCAAGCUGAAGGGAGUUCGGCGGGACCCCCUGUUCCCGGAUCCUUAAAUUAUAAUAUCAUGAUGCACGAGGGAUUUGGAAAGGUCUUCUCUUGCCAGUUUUGCACAUACAAGUCACCGAGGAGGGCAAGAAUCAUUAAGCAUCAGAAAAUGUAUCACAAAAACAACUUGAAGGAGACCACGGCUCCCCUCCCUGCCCCUGCUCCAAUGCCAGACCCCGUGGUCCCACCCGUGUCUCUGCAGGACCCCUGCAAAGAACUGCCAGCAGAGGUCGUGGAGCGCAGCAUCUUGGAGUCUAUGGUCAAGCCUUUGACCAAGUCUCGAGGCAACUUUUGCUGUGAGUGGUGCAGCUACCAGACCCCCCGCCGGGAACGCUGGUGCGACCACAUGAUGAAGAAGCAUCGCAGUAUGGUCAAGAUCCUUUCCAGCCUCAGACAGCAGCAAGAAGGGACGAACCUCCCCGAAGUGCAGAACAAAAGCGCCCCCAGCCCCACUUCCAAUUCCACCUAUCUGUCCAUGAAUGCUGCCAGCCGGGAGAUGCCCAGCGCUAACGUCUCCAACUUCCGCGGCUCCAUCAGUAACUCCAUCAUGAGACCCAAUUCCUCGUCCGCUUCCAAGUUUUCACCUGUGUCUUACCCGCAGAUGAAGCCGAAGUCCCCUCACAACUCUGGCCUGGUUAACUUGGCGGAGAGAUCGCGUUACGGGAUGGCUGACAUGACCAACUCCUCUGCCGACCUGGAAACUAACAGCAUGCUGAAUGACUCCAGUUCUGAUGAGGAGUUGAACGAAAUAGACAGCGAGAAUGGCUUAAAUGCCAUGGAUCACCAGACUUCCGGCAUGUCUGCGGAGCAGCUGAUGGGCUCAGAUGGCAACAAAUUGUUGGAGACCAAGGGGAUUCCCUUCCGAAGGUUCAUGAAUAGGUUCCAGUGCCCCUUUUGUCCUUUCCUCACUAUGCAUCGACGCAGCAUCUCCCGUCACAUAGAAAACAUCCACUUGUCCGGAAAGACUGCCGUCUAUAAAUGUGACGAGUGUCCGUUUACUUGCAAGAGCUCAUUAAAACUCGGCGCUCACAAACAGUGUCACACGGGUACAGCGUCAGAUUGGGAUGCCGUGAAUUCCCAGAGUGAGAGCAUUUCUUCUUCGCUGAAUGAAGGUGUGGUGUCUUACGAGAGCUCGAGCAUCAACGGGAGGAAGUCAGGAGUCCUGCUGGAUCCCUUGCAGCAGCAACAGCCACCGCCGCCGCCGCCGCCGCCACCACCGCCUCCGUCCCAGCCGCAGCCACCGCAGCUACAGCCGCCGCACCAGGUACCGGCGCAGCCGCAGCCCCAGCCCGCACCGACGCAGCAGCCGCAGCCUCCUGUGCCAGCCCCGCCCCUGCACCCUUACAAGUGCACCAUGUGUAGUUACUCCACCACGACUCUGAAAGGGCUGCGAGUCCACCAGCAGCACAAACACUCGUUCUGCGACAACUUGCCAAAAUUCGAGGGGCAGCCCUCAAGCCUGCCACUGGAAAGCGAGACAGACAGCCACCCCUCUUCCAGCAACACUGUGAAGAAAAGCCAGACCUCAAUUCUUGGGUUGUCCUCCAAGAACAAUUUUGUAGCUAAGGCCUCCCGGAAGCUCGCCAAUGACUUUCCCCUCGAUUUAUCGCCCGUGAAGAAGAGAACUAGGAUUGACGAGAUAGCCAGCAACCUGCAGAGCAAAAUUAACCAAACGAAGCAGCAGGAGGACGCGGUGAUCAAUGUGGAGGACGACGAGGAGGAAGAGGACGACAACGAAGUGGAGAUAGAGGUGGAGUUGGACAGGGAGGAAGAGCCGACGGAGCCCGUCAUGGAGGUGGCCACUUCCUUUUCGGCCCAGCAGAUCUGGGCGAGAGAUGCCGGGGAGCCCCAGAAGGAGCCCAACUUCAGAAGCGUCACCCACGAUUACAACGCCACCAACGGCGCGGAGAUUGAGCUCACCCUGUCUGAAGACGAAGAGGAUUAUUACGGCUCCUCAACAAACAUGAAAGAUCACCAGGUCGCCAACACCGCUCUGCUGAACACCCAGACUCCUAUCUACGGAACCGAGCACAAUAGCGAGAACACAGACUUUGGUGACUCCGGAAGGCUUUACUAUUGCAAACACUGUGACUUUAACAACAAAUCUGCCCGGAGCGUCAGCACCCACUACCAACGAAUGCACCCGUACAUUAAAUUCAGCUUUAGGUACAUCUUGGACCCCAACGAUCACAGUGCAGUGUACAGGUGCCUGGAAUGCUACAUCGAUUACACCAACUUCGAAGACCUGCAGCAGCACUACGGCGAACACCACCCAGAAGCCAUGAAUGUACUCAACUUCGACCAUUCGGACCUGAUCUACCGGUGUCGGUUUUGUUCCUACACGAGCCCGAAUGUCCGAAGCCUGAUGCCACAUUACCAAAGAAUGCAUCCCACGGUGAAGAUUAACAACGCGAUGAUAUUUUCCAGCUACGUCGUGGAGCAGCAGGAAGGGCUGAGUACGGAAUCCCAGACGCUGAGGGAGAUUCUGAAUUCGGCCCCCAAGAGCAUGGCGACGUCCACUCCCGUGGCUCGCGGUGGCGGUCUGCCAGCUACAUUUAAUAAAAGCACUCCUUCAAAGACCUUUACUCCAGAAUGUGAAAAUCAGAAGGACCCCUCAGUUAACACUGUUGUCGUUUACGAUUGUGACGUUUGCUCGUUCGCAAGCCCCAACAUGCAUUCUGUCUUGGUUCAUUAUCAGAAGAAACACCCUGAAGAAAAGGCUUCCUACUUUAGGAUCCAGAAAACCAUGCGAAUGGUGUCUGUGGACAGGGGCUCUGCCCUUUCUCAAUUAUCAUUUGAGGUGGGUGCUCCAAUGUCUCCCAAAAUGUCCAACAUGGGUUCCCCACCCCCCCCACAACCCCCGCCACCAGACCUCAGUACUGAGCUUUACUACUGCAAACACUGUUCCUACAGCAAUCGGUCAGUUGUGGGAGUGCUUGUCCACUACCAGAAAAGACACCCAGAAAUAAAGGUUACUGCCAAAUAUAUCAGACAGGCUCCUCCCACAGCUUCAAUGAUGAGAGGGUCCGAGGGGCCCCAAGGCUCCCCCCGGCCACCCGCCCCCAUGCAACAGCUGAACCGAAGCAGCUCUGAGAGAGACGGCCCUCCUGUGGAGAAUGAGAUGUUCUUUUGCCAGCACUGUGAUUACGGGAACCGGACGGUCAAAGGUGUACUCAUUCACUAUCAGAAGAAGCACCGAGACUUCAAGGCCAACGCGGACGUGAUCCGGCAACACACGGCCACCAUCCGCAGCCUCUGUGACCGCAACCAGAAGAAGCCUGCCAGCUGUGUGCUUGUCGCCCCCUCUGCCGUGGAGCGGGACAAAACCAAACUGCGAGCGCUCAAGUGUAGGCAGUGCUCGUAUACCUCCCCCUACUUCUAUGCACUGAGGAAGCAUAUCAAGAAAGACCACCCUGCCCUGAAGGCCACAGUCACGUCCAUCAUGCGGUGGGCAUUUCUAGACGGCUCGAUAGAAGCUGGCUACCACUGCGAGUGGUGCAUCUACUCCCACACAGAGCCCAGCGGUUUGCUCCUACAUUACCAGAGGAGGCAUCCGGAGCACUAUGUUGACUAUACUUACAUGGCUACCAAACUCUGGGCUGGGCCCGACCCAUCCCCUCCCUCUCUCACCAUGCCCGCCGAAGCCAAAACGUACAGAUGCCGAGACUGUGUUUUCGAGGCCAUGUCCAUCUGGGACAUCACCAAUCACUACCAAGCAUUCCAUCCCUGGGCCAUGAACGGUGACGAGUCGGUGCUGCUGGAUAUCAUCAAGGAGAAAGACGCCGUCGAGAAUGUCAUCCCUCCGUCCGAAGAGCUGGUGGGCCCCGUGAAUUGUGACAACAGUAUGCCCGCUCCGCUCCCCGAGCAGGACGCCGAAUGCCCGGAGGACGCCCGGCUUUCCCCCGAGAAAAGCAUCCAGCUGGCCUCCGCCAACCCCGCCAUAUCGUCCACCCCAUACCAGUGCACCGUGUGCCAGUCCGAGUAUAACAACCUGCACGGCCUCCUCACCCACUAUGGGAAGAAGCACCCUGGCAUGAAGGUGAAGGCUGCCGACUUCGCCCAGGACAUCGACAUCAACCCGGGCGCCGUCUACAAAUGCAGGCAUUGCCCGUACAUCAACACCCGCAUCCACGGCGUCCUGACCCAUUACCAGAAGCGACACCCGGCCAUCAAGGUGACCGCCGAGGACUUCGUGCACGACGUGGAGCAGUCCGCCGACAUCGCCCAGAACGACGUGGAGGAGACGAGCAGGAUCUUCAAGCAAGGCUACGGCGCCUACCGCUGCAAACUGUGUCCGUACACGCACGGCACCUUGGAGAAGCUCAAAAUCCACUACGAGAAGUAUCACAAUCAGCCUGAAUUUGAUGUGUUUUCCCAGUCGCCCCCGAAGCUGCCAGUCUCCCUCGAGCCCGAGAUGACCACUGAGGUGAGCCCCUCCCAGGUGUCCGUCACCGAGGAGGAGGUGGGAGAGGAGCCCGUGUCCACGUCUCACUUCUCUACCUCGCACCUGGUCUCCCACACGGUGUUCCGCUGUCAGCUGUGCAAGUACUUCUGCUCCACGAGGAAGGGCAUCGCCAGGCACUACCGCAUCAAGCACAACAACGUGCGAGCCCAGCCCGAGGGCAAGAACAACCUCUUCAAGUGCGCCCUGUGCGCCUACACCAACCCCAUCCGCAAAGGGCUGGCGGCCCACUACCAGAAGCGCCACGACAUCGACGCCUAUUACACGCACUGCCUGGCGGCCUCCAGGACCAUCAGCGACAAGCCCAACAAGGUGAUCAUCCCGUCCCCGCCCAAGGACGACUCCCCGCAGCUCAGCGAGGAGCUCCGGCGGGCCGUGGAGAAGAAGAAGUGCUCCCUGUGCUCCUUCCAGUCCUUCAGCAAGAAGGGCAUCGUGUCCCAUUACAUGAAGCGCCACCCGGGGGUGUUCCCCAAGAAGCAGCACGCCAGCAAGCUGGGCGGCUACUUCACCGCCGUCUACGCCGACGAGCACGAGAAGCCGCUGCUGAUGGAAGAGGAGGAGAGAGGCAGCUUCGAGAAAGCCGAGGUGGAGGGAGGCGAGGCCCAGGAGAUCGAGUGGCUCCCGUUCCGCUGCGUCAAGUGCUUCAAGCUGUCUUUCAGCACGGCGGAGCUGCUGUGUAUGCAUUACACUGACCACCACAGUCGGGACCUGAAGAGGGACUUCGUCAUUCUGGGCAGCGGCCCCCGCUUGCAGAGCCCCGCCUACCAGUGUAAGCACUGUGAUAGCAAACUGCAAAGCACAGCGGAGCUGACCUCACACUUGAACAUUCACAAUGAGGAAUUCCAGAAGCGUGCCAAACGUCAGGAGAGGAGGAAACAGCUUUUGAGCAAGCAGAAAUAUGCAGAUGGUGCUUUUGCAGAUUUCAAACAAGAGAGGCCUUUUGGUCACUUAGAAGAGGUGCCAAAGAUCAAGGAGAGGAAGGUGGUGGGCUACAAGUGUAAAUUCUGUGUGGAAGUGCACCCGACGCUCCGAGCCAUCUGCAAUCAUCUCCGGAAACACGUCCAGUACGGCAGCGUCCCGGCCGUGUCCGCCGCCGUGAAGGUUGGACCUUCUUCAUCUUACGUGUCUCGACCUGGUCGCGUUUCGAUCUGGUUCCCUUCCACGCGGAUAGUUUGGUGGAAACAGAAGAUCCGGGCCUCUCGCAGGAGGCCGAAGACCCCUCCCACUUGUUCCUGGAUGGAUUGGAAGCAGCCAAAGAUGCCACUGGCGCCCUGGUGGACCGGGUGGAUGGGGCUGCGUUCUCAUGAGAGGAGCCAUCUGGCCCUGGCCAUGUUUACCCGCGAGGACAAGUACAGCUGCCAGUAUUGCUCCUUUGUUUCCGCUUUCAGGCACAAUUUGGAUCGCCACAUGCAAACCCACCACGGACACCAUAAACCAUUCCGAUGCAAACUCUGCUCCUUCAAGUCCUCCUAUAACAGCCGGCUGAAAACACAUAUACUCAAAGCUCAUGCUGGUGAACAUGCCUACAAGUGUUCUUGGUGCUCGUUUUCCACCAUGACAAUCAGCCAGUUGAAGGAACACUCCCUCAAGGUCCACGGAAAAGCCCUGACCCUCCCCAGGCCACGGAUUGUCAGUCUGCUCUCCUCACACGCUCACCACUCCUCCCAGAAAGCCACCCCUGCCGAAGAAGUAGAAGACUCUAAUGACUCCUCCUACUCAGAACCUCCAGAUGUUCAGCAGCAGUUGAACCACUACCAGUCCGCUGCCCUGGCAAGGAACAACAGCCGUGUUAGCCCCGUGCCUCUUUCUGGGGCCGCCGGGGGUGCUGAGCAGAAAACCGAAGCUGUUCUUCACUGCGAAUUCUGUGAAUUCUCCUCUGGCUACAUCCAGAGCAUCAGACGCCAUUACAGGGACAAGCACGGCGGGAAGAAGCUCUUCAAGUGCAAAGACUGCUCCUUUUACACAGGCUUUAAAUCUGCUUUCACUAUGCACGUGGAAGCCGGGCAUUCGGCGGUUCCUGAGGAGGGCCCCAAAGAUCUCCGCUGUCCUCUCUGCCUCUAUCACACCAAAUACAAACGCAACAUGAUCGACCACAUCGUGCUGCACCGAGAAGAGCGCGUCGUCCCCAUUGAGGUGUGCCGUUCCAAACUGUCAAAAUACUUGCAGGGAGUAGUUUUCCGCUGUGAUAAGUGUACCUUCACCUGCUCCAGUGACGAGAGCCUCCAGCAACACAUAGAAAAGCACAAUGAACUGAAACCUUACAAAUGCCAGCUCUGCUACUACGAGACCAAGCACACGGAGGAGCUGGACAGCCACCUUCGGGACGAGCAUAAGGUGAGCCGUAACUUUGAGCUGGUUGGACGGGUUAACUUGGAUCAGCUGGAACAGAUGAAGGAAAAGAUGGAGAGCUCCAGCAGUGAUGACGAGGACAAGGAAGAAGAAAUGAACAGCAAGGCUGAUGACAGAGAUCUGAUGAGAUUUGCUGACCAUGGGGCUGCUAUUAACACUGAGAAGCGUUUUCCAUGUGAAUUUUGCGGACGGGCGUUCUCACAGGGCUCUGAGUGGGAAAGGCACGUGCUCAGACACGGCAUGGCGUUGAAUGACACCAAGCAGGUGAGCAGAGAAGAAAUCCACCUGAAGGAGAGUGUGGAGGACAGUAUUAAGAUGCCCUCUAUAGAGGAAAAGGAAGAUGAUGAGGCAAUCGGGAUAGACUUUUCCCUAAAGAGUGAAACAGUAGCCAUCUGUGUAGUAGCUGCUGACAAAUCUCUCCUGGAGAAUGCAGAGGCCAAAAAAGAAUAAGUGUUUGGUGAACUUCUUAAUCAAACCGUACUUGAACCGUGAUGAGAAAGUGGGGAGGGCCAGCUUGGGCUGAGAAGGGCGGGGACAGAAAAGAAGACAGAACAAAGCUGCUUUUUAGGACUGAACAAUCUAUUUUCAAAGCACUGGUACCUGUGUGAGUGAGUAUGUAAAUUAAAGUUAUUUAAAUGGUUGGAAUAUGUGGCUCCUUUUCCAUCACUACACCUUUUCUUCCGGAUCUUCAUCAUGGAAGUGUCAUUUGUUGCGGAAUAUGGAAGCACCUCCCAUGCACACGGUGUGCUCUGUGGUGGUCUUGGACAGGAUGUGGAAACAGAAGCUCCGUGACAGUACAAGACUUCUCUUAGGGGAACAACUUUUUGACGCACAUCUUUCGGUGCGUUUUUCUAGUUUUAAUACCUUAAGCUUUUUCAAGACCUAACUGCAGCCGCUUUGGGAAAAAACAAACAAAAAAAAACACAAAAAAACAAAAACAGAAAACAAAAAAACUGCUUUGCAUAAAACAGUCACCUGUUUCCUAGUACCUCAAACUUAACCAAGGGAAUUCUCUGCAUUUGUCAGUACUACCUGUCGUCGUUGUGGUUAAAUGUAGAGAGAACUGCUGGGCAAGACGGUGAAUGGAGAAAAAAAAAAGAGAGUUUUAAAGAAAGGAACACAAAUUGUGCUUAAAAUCCCCACGUGGGUUUUAUUUCUUAAAAUACUGUGAUUUUUUUAAUUAUUUUAGUAAAAAACAAAACAAAAAAAAGAAACAGACUUUAAUUAUUAGAUAACUGUUUGUGAAUUGUCAUCCUUUAUUCCAGGUAAGCUGUUUAUUAGUGUUCAACUAUAAUUUAGAAUUUGGUAGAUUCAUGUGAGCUAAUUUUACGGUGACUGUGGAGUUUCGUUUGCCACAUGUUUAUUUUCUAUCAAUUUGAGUGUUACAAACACAGCACAAUUCAGUUUUCACAUUAAUUGUUUUUUAUGUGCGUGUUAUUGUUGUUUUAAUUUGGGGGUAAGGGAGAUUUAGUUUUUUGUGAAUAGGAAUGUCUUUAUUUUAAACAUGGAAAUAACAAAGAAGUUAACUUUUUUUUCCCCUUAAUUUAACUAAAGAACCAAACUUUUCGGCACAGCUAUGCAGCUUGUGGGCCAGACGAGGAAGUCCUCUUCACCCUUUUGUUGCUUGUCAAUUAACACAUUAUCCGUCUCACACAAAUAAUUUCUGUUAGGAUGGGCUGGCUUUUGUGUGUGAUUUAAAAAUCUGUAUUCUGUUUUUGUUUGCAUUGUGUUUUGGGGGAGGGUUUUUUUUUCAUUUAUUUUGUGGAACAAGGGGAUAUGCUAGAAUCCCAUCCCUUUGGUGAGUGGACAAGAAAUACUUAUAUCCUAUAAGGAGCCUGGAGAACUACUUUUUUUUUUUUUUUUUUUUUAAUGUAGCUGCCAGCUGCUCUGUUUCCCAAUAUUAGCUUUUUCAGGAGGGAGCAGCUUAGACUAAAUCUAAGUCUACAUUUAUAAUAUGUUCUGAUUGUGAACAAAGGGUUUCAUUCCAAAAAGUAGAAAAGAACUUUCCUUGAAGCCUAGGUUAUAGAAGCCUGUGUGCGUGUGUGCUUGGAUGUGUGUGUGCUCGUGUGUAUGCGUGUGUGUGAGUCCUUCGGUUUUCAUGUUUUGUUUUUUUGUUUUUUGUUUUUUGUUUUUUUUUUUUUACUUGGAAGGGUUGUGGGAGGGGGAGGGAAGAAAGGGGCAGGGAAUCCUGAGAUGACAGUGUCCCACACAGCUUCAAAUAAAAUCCAUGGAAAGAUAUUGCAUUUGUGGAAUAGGUGCUUACUUGAAAAGCAUGUUCUUCUUUUAUUUUCUUGCUGUUAAAAAGUUUUAUUUGUAGGGAGUUUCUUUUAAUUUAAUUUUUUUUUUUUUAGGGAUGGGGGCCAUCAUGUGGAAACCAGACAAUGGGGAAAGUGUGAUCUAGACAAAGAUAACAUUUUGUGUCCAUAUUUGUUUUUAAUUGGCCUCAUUUCAAAUGUAUUAAACAGUUCCAUACCUGGAUUGGGUGUUUGUAUGGUUACCAAAAAAAAAAACAAAAAAAAACAAAAAAAACAAACAAAAAAAAACAAAAAAACAAAAAAAAAAAAAAAACAAAAAAAAUCAAGCAAAAAAAAAGGAAAGAAAGAAAAAGGAAAAAAAACAGAAAAUAAUUGUGACAUGCUUUUAUCACUACUUUAUUUUUCAAAUAACAUGUAAAUAUUGUAAUCCAUUGGAUUUUGUUUUGCUAACCUGUUAAUAAAAAUAUGGGACCAUUAUCCUUUUAACAAGGCUAGAAUGUCAUUUUUUUCUUUUUUCAAACAUAUACCUGAUAUUUUGUGGCCGCACAUUUUGGAUGCAUUAUUAUAAUUCUGUUGACUGUAAUGACAUAGAAUUUACAACAUUUUUUUGUUUAAUUUAUACAGAGGACAUUUUUUUUUCAGAGCUUGAGAGAAGAUAAAUAGCAAAAUGAGAACCUGUUGACUCCAAUAAUCAGUGUUUCCCAAUACUUGAUAGGAGAGAGGGAGAUUCUGAGUUCUUGAAGCCAAGGGUUUAAAAAACAACAAAACACACCAGUAGGUUAUUCAAGUUGUUUGCAACAUACAUUUUGUAAUGAAAUGUGAGAAAUUAAUAAAGAAUUUUUUUCACAUGUG